CUAAUCCAACGGUGAAGAGGCCAAGUGAGUAAAUGAGUGUCGACAUACAACACAGUUGUCAUAUAUAUCCCAAUCCCACCCCAUAAGUCUUUCUAGUUUGGAAUGCAUUUUCCUUUGAUUUUGUUUUUGUCUGAGUGAGAGAUAUGAUAUAGAUGGGAAGUGGUGAGAGAAGUGUUAGAGGGUUUGUUCUGCAUGGGAAGAAGCAAGAAUUCAAAGAUGUACCAAAAGGGUGUCUUGCAAUCAAGGUUGGUCAAGGAGAAGAUCAACAGAGAUUCGUUGUGCCAGUUAUAUACUUCAAUCAUCCACUUUUCAUGCAACUUCUCAAAGAAGCAGAGGAAGAAUAUGGUUUUGAUCAGAAAGGAACCAUAAAAAUUCCAUGUCAUGUUGAAGAGUUUAGAAACAUUAGAGGUUUGAUUGAUAGAGAAAAGUCUCUUCAUAACAACCAUCAUGUUAGAUGCUUUGGCUUUUGAAACUAAACCAUGUUUUGGUUUGGUUUUUCCUUCUUUGUUAGAGAUUAAGAUGAUGGUGACGAAACAAUGUUACAUAUUUUGCUAUUGUAGUCACUUUGUUCUAAUUUUAACUUGUUCAUUUCAAUAAUAAAUAAUAAUGAUGAAAAAAAAAA